AGCUGGAUUGCUUAGGCAAGCUACAUACACAACUGCACGACUUGGGUCAUUUAGCAUAUCGCCAACCUUGUCAGUAACAGAACCUUGGUGUUGGCAGUUUCAGCUUUCAAUGUCAUCAACGGAGGUUGUUAUUGGAAUGGAUGUUACUGCUUCUGAAUUUUAUGGCACUGAUAAAACCUAUGAUCUGAACUUCAAAAAAGAGAAAAAUGACGGGUCGCAGAAGAUAUUAGGAAAUGCUUUAAAAGAUCUCUACAAAUCAUUCGUGGCUGAGUAUCCAAUUGUAUCAAUAGAAAACCGGUUUGAUCAAGAUGACUGGGAGCAUUACUCCAAGUUAACCUGUGAGAUUGGAAACAAAGUACAGAUAGUGGGCGAUGACCUCUACAAGAGCCUCUUGGUCAGGGGCUGAGCUGCACAGCGGCUCAAGAACAUGGGCUGUUUGGGGCAGCCCGGGCUGGGGAUUUGGAGGCGUUUGAGGCUCUUGUAGAGAGAGAAUCGGGUCUUAUGCAUCAGACUAUGUAUGAUCGCUUCUCUGCUCUGCAUAUUGCUGCUGCAAAUGGGCAGAUUGAGGUCCUUUCAUUGAUUUUGGAGAAAUCUGUUCAUCCAGAUGUGGUGAAUCGGCAUAAGUAGGUAGAGGGAUGGAUCUUUUUCGUGGAUUUGGAUUUGGAAUUCCGUUAUUUU